GAGAACACGAGGGAUGGGGCAAAUAUAGAUCUACUGGAGUACAAAAUGAGGACUAAGUGUUAGUUAUACGGAGAUAAUAAUACUAUUGCAAUUAACUUAUCACCGCUCUUCAUUAUUGCAUCAAUUGAUCCGUACCAUCCACAGAAAAGGGUUAUAGUGGAUCGAACUGUGACGCUAUCGCAAGCGGUUUUAUCGAAUUGCAGAGAAGCAUGUGCAAGCAUCCCAAGCUUGAUCUUACAAAUCUACAACAACAGCAUUGCGUGAACUCAAAAACUGCUGCCGCCGCCGCUGCUGCUGCUAAUACAUCUUUCGUGGACCUUAAAAAACUAACUAUCUACCUAAAGUGCUUGAUCUACCCUUUCUGAUAUACGUAGAGCGCUUGAAGAGGCAAAUACAACUCCACGAUGCUUGAAGUUAUCAUCCGCCCCGGUCCCAAGACGGAGGUUAUCGGCUCCGAUAUCCCUGUCCCAAAUGAUGACCAGGUCGUCAUCAAGGUCGUGGUGUCUGGCAGCAAUCCUAAAGACUGGAAGGUACCGGAGUGGAGAGGUAUGACCAUCAACCAAGGUGAUGAUAUUGCUGGUAUCGUGCACCAGGUUGGGAAAAAUGUAACGGAGUUCAAGCCUGGAGACCGUGUUGCUGCUUUCCAUGAAAUGAUGGCUCCCGGUGGUAGCUAUGCGGAAUAUGCGGUCGCAUGGGCGGACACAACGUUCCAUAUCCCGGCCAAGAUUUCCUUUGAGGAGGCUGCUACUAUCCCUCUGGCAGGUAUGACUGCCGCACUUGGUCUCUUCGCUCGUCUGCAACUUCCCGACCCAUGGACCCCCGCGCGCUCUCCCACCCCGUUGAUUGUCUAUGGUGGAUCGACCGCCGUGGGCUCGUUCGCUCUGAAACUUGCCGUGAAGGCCAACAUCCACCCACUGAUUGUGGUGGCUGGCUCCGGCGCUUCGCACGUUGAGACCCUCAUCGACCGCUCGAAGGGUGACACCAUCGUCGACUACCGCAAUGGUGAUGACGCCGUCCUUGAGGGAAUCAAAAAUGCUCUGCGUGCUGGCGGCCAUGAAUCAGUCAAGUACGCACUCGACGCCGUGUCUGAAAAGGGUAGUAUCCAGAAUAUUGCGAAGGUCAUUGACCCGCAUGGAAACGCCACCUUCGUCCUACCAUACCAGGAUGCGGAGAAGGAAUUCCCAGAGACGGUAAGACUCUCCAUGACAAUGGUAGGUAGCGUGCAUGGCCAGGGGACCGGGGAGGGAGAUAAGGAUUUUGGUUAUGUGUAUUUCCGUUAUUUUGGAAAGGGCCUCGCGGAAGGCUGGUUUACGGGCCAUCCGUAUGAAGUACGCAAGGGUGGCCUGGAGGGUGUUGAGGCAGCUUUGCAGGAUCUGAAGGCUGGCAAGGCGAGUGCUGUCAAGUAUGUGUUCAGGAUUAGGGACACGCCCGGCCUCGAGGCAGCCAAAUAACUAGAACUGUUAGGUUGAGGUCUCACUACCGAAUCGUGGGACUAUGUUCCAUUUUGCAAUAUGUGUGUACAUGCUGGUAAUGUCAUUUCGUUUU